AGAGAUGGACUUGGGCAGAGGGACCUUCAAACUCAAUGUGCUCAUCCCUCAUUUGUUCCCCCAAUCAGGAUUUCCCAUUCCCCAACCUUGGCUGGAUGGAGAAGGCUGUGAGGAAGAGGAGGAUGUCCCAGGACCCCCAGGCAGACAAUGAGCUGAGGAUGGAGACCAAGGAGGACAAAUCCCCCCAGCAGAACCUCAUGGAAGAGGCCGUUUUGUGCAGCUCCAGGGCACAGGAAUCCAAUGAGAAGGAAAAGCGCCAGAAACCUUGCGCAAGAAGGGGCUCCAAACCCAGCCCAGAGUGCUCCAAGGAGAAAAGAACCACCCUGUGCCAGGAAGGUACCCAGAGCUUCAGCCAGAGGUCAGAGUUGCUGGUCCAUGAGCAGUCUCAUCCUGGGGAGAAGCGCUACGAGUGUGGGGAAUGUCGGAAGGGCUUCAGAGACAGUGCCAACCUGAUCCGCCACCAUCGCAUCCACACUGGGGAGAGACCUUAUGAGUGUGGGGAAUGUGGGAAGGGCUUCAGCAGGAGCAACAACCUGAUCCGUCACCGGCUGAUCCACACUGGGGAGUGGCCCUACGAGUGUGGGGAAUGUGGGAAGGGCUUCAGCUGCAGCUCUGACCUGAUCCCCCACCAGCGCAUCCACACAGGGGAGAAACCCUACGAAUGUUCUGAGUGUGGGAAGAGGUUUUCACAGAGCUCCAAUCUCCUCCUGCACCAGCGGAUUCACACGGAUGAGAGGCCCUUCCACUGCCCCGACUGUGGGAGGGGCUUCAACCGCAACUCCACCCUC